UUCAAAAGUAUAAAUAUGAAAGAAAUUCCACUAUUUCCCUAGUCAAUUAGUUGUCAGAUUGGAUUCUUCUCCUUCAUUACUUUUAAUUUGCAAAGUUAAAUUAUUAUAAUGUCACAACAAGAACUUUCUUCUGGUGUUCAAACACCAGAAAACACUUCUGUCUUAGAAAAAGAAGAUAAAAUCGAUGAAGUCCCACAAGAAGUUAGUCAUAAAAUCAACCCAGCUGGUGGUUUAAAGGAUCAUUUAUUGAUCUCCAUUUUCUGUUUAUUAGUUGCUUUUGGUGGUUUCGUCUUUGGUUUCGAUACUGGUACUAUUUCUGGUUUCGUUAACAUGUCUGAUUUCUUAGAAAGAUUCGGUCAAACCCAUGCUGAUGGUACCCACUACUUAUCCAAUGUCAGAGUUGGUUUACUUGUUUCUAUCUUCAAUAUUGGUUGUGCUGUCGGUGGUAUUUUCUUAUCCAAGUCUGCCGAUAUGUAUGGUAGAAGAAUUGGUAUUAUGUUUGCUAUGGUCAUUUAUGUCGUUGGUAUAAUUGUUCAAAUUUCUGCUACUGACAAAUGGUACCAAAUUUGUGUUGGUCGUGCUAUCACUGGUUUAGCUGUUGGUACCGUUUCUGUCUUAUCUCCAAUGUUCAUUUCCGAAACCGCUCCAAAAACUUUAAGAGGUACUUUAGUCUGUUGUUUCCAAUUAUGUAUCACCUUUGGUAUUUUCAUUGGUUACUGUGUUACUUACGGUACUAAACAAUUAGAUGAUUCCAGACAAUGGAGAAUUCCAUUAGGUUUAUGUUUCUUAUGGGCUAUUUUCUUAGUCUCUGGUAUGGUCUUUAUGCCUGAAUCUCCAAGAUACUUAGUCGAAAAGCAAAAGAUUGAAGAAGCUAAGAAAUCCAUUGCUAGAUCCAAUAAAUUAUCUGCCGAAGACCCAGCUGUAUACAGUGAAGUCCAAUUAAUCCAAGCUGGUAUUGACAGAGAAGCUCUUGCUGGUUCUGCCUCAUGGAUGGAAUUAAUCACUGGUAAACCAGCUAUCUUCAGAAGAGUCGUCAUGGGUAUCAUGUUACAAUCAUUACAACAAUUAACCGGUGAUAACUAUUUCUUCUAUUAUGGUACUACUAUUUUCCAAGCUGUUGGAUUAAAAGAUUCUUUCGAAACUUCCAUUAUUUUAGGUGUUGUUAACUUUGCUUCCACCUUCGUUGGUAUUUACAUUAUUGAAAGAUUAGGUAGAAGAACUACUUUAUUAGCUGGUUCCGCUGCCAUGUUUGUUUGUUUCAUUAUCUACUCAGUUCUUGGUUCAGUCCACUUAUACAAAGACGGUGAAUAUAACAACAAUAACACUUUUAAAUCAUCAGGUAAUGCUAUGAUUUUCGUUACCUGUUUAUACAUUUUCUUCUUUGCUUCUACCUGGGCCGGUGGUGUUUAUACUAUUAUUUCAGAAUCAUACCCAUUAAGAAUCAGAUCUAAAGCUAUGGCUAUUGCCACCGCUGCCAAUUGGUUAUGGGGAUUCUUAAUCUCAUUCUUCACUCCAUUCAUCACUAGUGCUAUCCACUUCUACUACGGUUUUGUUUUCACUGGUUGUUUAUUAUUCUCUUUCUUCUAUGUUUACUUCUUUGUUUCUGAAACUAAAGGAUUAUCAUUAGAAGAAGUUGAUGAAUUAUAUGCUCAAAAGAUCUUACCAUGGAAAUCCGCUGCAUGGGUUCCUCCAUCUUACGAACAAAUGGCCACUUCUACUGGUUUCGCUGCUGAUGCCAAGGCCCAAGAUGAACAAGUUUAAAAGUUCCAUAAACAUUUUUUAACGAUUGCUACGUAGGUUUAUCUCAUUUAUAGAAAAAGAUGUAAUAUAGAUAAU